AUGGCGACCCUGGAAAGCUUGAUUGGAUUGGUGAAUAGAAUUCAACGUGCUUGUACUAUUUUAGGAGAUCAUGGUGGUGAAGGGAUGUCCCUAUGGGAAGCUCUUCCUACCGUCGCUGUCGUCGGUGGCCAGAGCUCUGGAAAAUCAUCGGUGUUGGAAAGUGUCGUAGGUAGAGAUUUCCUACCUCGUGGAUCAGGCAUUGUCACGAGGAGACCGUUGGUUCUUCAACUCCAUAAGACUGAUGGAGGGGCGGAAUAUGCAGAGUUUCUGCACGCACCAAAAAAGAAGUUUCCGGAGUUUGCUGCGGUACGUCAAGAGAUUGCGGAUGAGACAGACCGUAUAACAGGGAAGAGCAAGCAAAUUUCAAAUGUUCCAAUUCACCUGAGCAUUUUUUCUCCUAAUGUGGUAGAUUUAACACUCAUUGAUCUUCCUGGAUUGACGAAGGUUGCUGUAGAGGGACAACCAGAGAGCAUUGUUGAAGAUAUUGAAAUGAUGGUCCGCUCUUAUGUGGAAAAACCCAAUUGCAUUAUAUUGGCUAUUUCUCCUGCCAAUCAAGAUAUUGCAACUUCUGAUGCAAUAAAGCUUGCAAGAGAAGUCGAUCCUUCAGGCGAAAGAACGUUUGGAGUUAUAACAAAACUUGAUUUGAUGGAUCAGGGAACCAAUGCCUUGGAUGUACUUGAGGGUCGAUCAUACAAGCUCCAACAUCCAUGGGUCGGAGUUGUCAACCGUUCACAGGCUGAUAUCAACAAGAGUGUCGAUAUGAUGGCUGCUCGUCGGAAGGAGCUGGAAUACUUCGAGUCAAGUCCUGAAUAUGGGCAUCUUGCUCAUAAAAUGGGAGCUGAAUAUCUUGCAAAACUUUUAUCCAAGCACUUGGAGACUGUGAUCAGACAGAGAAUACCAAGCAUUAUUGCUCUAAUAAACAAGACAAUUGAUGAGCUUAAUGCUGAGUUGGACCGAAUUGGCCGACCUGUUGGUGUAGAUGGAGGGGCACAACUAUACACAAUCUUGGAAAUGUGUCGUGCAUUCGAUCGAAUAUUUAGGGAACAUCUGGAAGGAGGGAGGCCAGGUGGCGAUAGAAUCUACGGUGUCUUUGAUCAUCAACUACCAGCUGCUCUAAAGAAGCUUCCAUUUGAUCGUCAUCUUUCAACGAGUAACGUCAAAAAGGUUAUUUCUGAGGCAGAUGGAUACCAGCCUCACUUAAUUGCUCCUGAACAAGGUUACAGAAGGCUAAUCGAUGGAUGUCUUGGCUUCUUCAAAGGCCCUGCUGAAGCCUCAGUUGAUGCAGUGCAUGCCAUUCUGAAAGAACUUGUGAGGAAGUCACUUGCAGAAACACAGGAAUUGAAACGUUUUCCGUCACUUCAAUCUGAUAUUGCAGCAGCAGCAAAUGACGCUCUUGACAGAUUUCGUGAUGAAAGUAGAAAGACAGUUUCACGGCUGGUAGAGAUGGAGUCUUCUUACCUGACAGUUGAAUUCUUUAGGAAGCUUCAUACUGAACCAGAAAAACUGCCAGCAAACCAAGCACAGGGACAAGCGCAGGCACAGGCAGCUUCAAAUGUAGACCGGUAUUCAGAUAAUCAUCUAAGAAGAAUUGGAUCAAAUGUUUCUGCUUAUAUAAAUAUGGUCUGUGAAACCUUGAGGAAUACUAUUCCUAAGGCAGUUGUCUUUUGUCAAGUCAGAGAAGCAAGGAGGUCAUUGUUAAAUCAGUUCUAUUCGCAAAUCGGAAGGAGAGAGAAGGAGGAGCUGGGGAAAAUGCUGGAUGAGGAUCCUGCUCUCAUGGGAAAGAGAGAGACCAUAGCCAAAAGGCUUGAGCUAUAUAAAUCUGCCAGAGAUGAGAUUGAUGCAGUUGCAUGGAAAUGAUUGAAUCCCAUUUUUUACGCGGAAAAAAUAUGAAAAAAAAAUUCUCAUAUUCUGGAUAGAGUAUAAAAUAAAUAGAAGGAAAUGAAAGCAUUGUUAUCAAGUGGAGGGAUUGGUGGCUUAUUUUUGCAAGCAUGUUCUUUUCUCGAUGCCUACACCUUCUUGCAAGGAUUUCAGUUCCAAAUGAAGUUCCAGACGAAAUGUCUUACUAGGUAAAUAAAAUUAUUCUGUUGGUGAACAAAAUUAUCAGGA